CUGUUUCAAACACUACAUUGAUUCAAGUCGACACAGUUGAAUCAUAUCUACAAAAUGGUAGCCAAAAGUGUGUUACUCCUGUUUCUUUUCAUCAUUUCUUUUGCUCAUAGGACCGAUGGGUGUCAACAAAAAUUGUAUGCGACGGAAAUGCAAUGGCUAGAAGAGGAACUGGCGGAUUUGAAAUUCGCACAGCAUAACAUCGAGGGAUAUAAAGAUGCUAUUCUAAAUCACCGGAAAUAUAUAUCACUGAACUAUGAAAUAAAUCAGUUGUUGGAGAAAAUGACGAAAGAGCUUCUGGAAAAUGUGCUCGCAAAAAUCGAAGCCAACCAACUGAAAGACUUCGAUUGGAUUUCCGAAAAGGAGAGAAAAGAAAUGGCACUAGCUGAAGAAAAGAGGAAAGCAAUAGAAGCUGCACGGUUGGAAGACGAAAGACUAAUGUUGCCCUAUAAAGAUAAAAUGAUCAAAUGA